AUGUUGUACAUGGUUAUUUGGCUUAUUGAGUACUUAUAUAUACAGAAUGAAAGCCUAGAGGUAAAAGAAUCGAACCCAAAGAUAGAGUUGGUUGAAAUAAAGAGGAAAAUUCCGGGUUUGAUUGAGCAAUUAGGUCAUGGGAAGAUGAAAUGGGCGAAAGAGAAACAAAUCUUGAAAGAGCUUGAGCAUCUCCAAAGGAGGGAGGUGUUACUUGAUGGCAAAAUUAAAGAAGCAGAAUCUAAAAUUCCGUUUUCAAUACAUAGACCUCGUCACAAUUGGUACUAUGGUUCUAUGAAUAAGUAUGAUUUGAAACAACAUCUCCAUAGAUGUUUGAAGGAAAUUAAGGAUUUUGAAGAACAAGAGAAGGUUGCAAAAAUGCAGCGCAUACCACAAAUGGUUGAAUUAGAGAAACAGAUUUCAUCUCUUGAGAAUAAACACAACAUUUUAAAACAAGAGGAACAAAUAACAAAAGAUUGCCUUUUAGCUCUUGAAAUCCAAGUGAAGAAGCAGAUUGCUCUUUAUGAAAGAUAUUGCAAAUUACAAAAGAAGGCACAAGAGCUUGCAACACAGAAAAAAUUAGAUACCCUUGAAAAAUUGUCCCUUAGAGAGAUCGAAGAGUUCAUGUCUAGAUGGACAAAUGACGACGAAUUUCGAGCUAAUUAUAUAAGAAGUAUUGAGCUAUCCCUUGCCAAUCGAGACUUAUGUAGUGAUGGAAGAAUGUUGUUGGAUCCAUCGGAAAUGAUAAUAGCUUCAAGUACAUGCACAAUUUAAUUAAUAACUUUGGUAUCGGGUUUGAACUUGAUUUAUAUAAAGUCGGUCGCAUGCAUCUAUGUUAUAUGGCCGUGUCGCACCAUUUCAACAAGUACGUGGUCCACCCAAAGGAGUUUAACACAAGCACUUAAGCUAAGCCUAAGAAGAUCAAGAUUUUGAAGAAAGUGCUCCUUUAAUUUUGAAAUUUGUGAUGUUCUAACAUCCAAUUCCAAAUAAGCUAAUUAUCAAAGAGUGUAGUGAAAUUUUUUUUUUCCUUCUUUUUUUGGUGGAAGGAAAAAUUAUAAUGUCUGUACUGUGUACUCCACUCCGUAAGUGUUAUUUGUCUAAUUGUAUUCCCUCCGUAUUAUUUAUUCGUAUAUAUAAUUGUAUUCCUUCUGUUUAAUUUUGUUUUUCUUGUUUCAAUCUUGCACUACUUCUAUUGCAUACAUUUAAACAAUAACAUCUUUAACACCCUAUCAUAACUUAAUACAAACUUAGAGAAAGAAGAGAAAAAAUAAAAAAAAC